AACAUAAAGUUUAUUCAGUAAACGCAGUGGCAAACAAAUCAAAAAGAUAUUUAUUUUGCAAUUCCAUUCACAAAUAUCAACUUCAAACAGAAGCGAUAGUGGUUGUGAUUGAUAAGCGGCUUGAGCGACUGCCUAUUUAAAUAGUAUCGCCCCAGAGUGAUAGCAGAUGAAAACAAUUUGUGACAUGGAACCGUCGCUAGCAGCUACCUUUGUGAAGGGUUUUCACGAUGAGGCAAUCGUCAGUAAAAUGAAAUUUAAUCGGUUUGGUAGAACCGAUUUAGUGGUAUCGGAAAUAUCUCUUGGAGCCGGGACGUUGAGUAAGCUCUAUGGAAACUUAGGUGAAACUGAAGGAAUCAAAGCGGUGCACUUAGCGCUGAAAAGUGGGAUCAACUACAUCGACACUGCUCCGUGGUACGGGCAAGGUCGUUCAGAGGAAAUUCUCGGAUUAGCUCUCAAGAAUGUUCCACGACAAUCUUACUAUCUCGCAACGAAAGUUGGACGUUACGAGUUGGAAUACGAGAAAAUGUUUGACUAUAGUGCUAAGAAAACUCGCGAAAGUGUCGAAAAAAGCUUGAAUCUUCUUGGGUUAAAUUGUUUAGACGUUGUUCAGAUACACGAUGUUGAAUUCGCGCCUAACUUGGACGUAAUAAUCAAUGAAACUCUACCCGCUUUGGAGAAGCUCAAAGCAGAAGGUAAGCUCCGAUACAUCGGAGUCUCUGCCUAUCCGAUUGAUGUUCUAAAGGAUUUAAUUUCACGAGCACCCGGGCGAUUUGAUUCCGUUCUGUGCUACUGUCGAAAUUCGUUGAUCGACGACACACUGAAACAGUUCAUGCCGUUCUUCGAAGCCAACAAGCUAGCGGUGGUUUGUGCGGCCGGUCACGGGAUGGGUUUGCUCACGAACGCGGGUCCCCAAUGGUGGCAUCCCGCACCGGAGCAAACGAAAGCCGUCUGCAAAGAGGCUAGUACCUAUUGCCAGGAGAAUGAUGUUGAGCUGGGCAAAUUGGCUAUGUACCAUUUCAUACAGAUGAAAGGACCGGCAACCUUUCUGUGCGGCAUGCAACGUGAAUCACUGGUAGCGUUGAAUUUGGAUGCUUUUUACAACGGAUUGAAUGAUAAAGAGCGGAAUGGGCUGGAAUACCUUAACAAAAAUGUCUUCGUGAAAAUUGAAUGCGCGCACUGGGAAGGAAUCGAGGUACAAAAAUACUGGGAUGAAAUGAAAAAAGCUAAGUCCUGAGUCUUGAAUCACGCGGUGUUUGCCUUUAUUUUAUGUUGGGUUUAUAGCAAACUAACCAAUCGAUCGAAAGCUCCACUCAAAGAAGUGAAUAAAA